AUGCAACUUUACUCCAAGAAGGCUUGCUCAGAGGUAUUUUAGGGAGGUCAUUUUUCGAUUUUCUCAAAAGUUUUCCAAUCAAAUUUGAAAACCGAAAAAACAUGAAAAAUGAGGAAAAAAAAUAGGAAAACUGGGAUAAUUGGUGCAAUAUUAAACAAAUAUUAUUGAAGAAAAAGCCUAUUUAAUUAUUUUACUAUAAAAUGACAUAUAUCGCUAACAAAGUAUCAUUGUCAACUGAACUCCGCUCAGAAUCGUUUUUUCGUAAGUAAUGGUUUAUCAUUUCUUACAGGUAUACAUUAAAUUAUCUAUAACAGUGGCUGCACCCCUUCACAUUAUCAUUGGACGUCUUUUAUCUUAACCAUUGCGUCCCUUUGAAAAUCAUGGUUUGUAAUUUAUUUAAAAAAUGGCUUAUUUACACCUCUAGACUAGUUGGAUGAGGUGUUUUAUGUCUAAACUAGGUAUUCAUUAUGUUUAUAUAUCCAAACAUUAUUUUAAAUGUAAUUGUUUUAUCUCGUAACUUAGGAACUAUUAUUUAUUUAUUUACUUAUUAUAUAUUACUGAACUAGGUCCAAUCACAAAUGAUAAGUAUUGAUUUAACUUAUGAUUAUUUGAAAAGUUGAACAAACAAAAGAAAAAAAAAAGAAAAAUGGAAAAUAUAACAAUUAAAUAAGUUAAGGUGAUAACAAAAAAACAAAAAUAUAAAAAGGUAAAAUUAAUUAAGAAAAAAUAUAUAAUGUAUAUCAUAUUUAUUUAUAAGAUUUGAAGAUCUAACAAAAGAGGGGUCAUUAUUUGCGAUCCGCAUUAAACGCUUGAUGGGGGAAUUUUCGAGGAAAUUUGUAAAUGAGAGUGGUAUGUGGAAUGGGGCAUGGGAGCAAGUUGAUCGAGAUGGGACUUAAAGUUAAUGAGAGAUAGGAGAGUAAGAGAAUCAAUCUUACCGUUAGGGAGAUUAGAUAGGAAAGAUAUAUUACUCGGCUGCUUACGAUCUUCAAGGCUUAGAAGGCCUAGAGCAUACAAGACAAUAAAGUAAUCAUGGGGAGUACAAGGAAUUUGGAGUCGGUACACAAUAGCACGGAGAAACCUUCGCUGAACACGUUCGAUCAUAGCGCUGAACCAUACGGGAGCAGGAUCCCACAAUACACUACCGUACUCAAUGAUAGGCCGUACCAGAGUCCAGUAAAGAGUUUUUAGGGGCAGGACAAAAUGGUAUUGUAUUGUCAAAAGGAUCGAACGAUGAUCCCGAGAACUUUGAGUACCUUACAGCAUAUCUCUUCUAUGUGUUUGUGAGGGGAGAGGUGACGGGUAAGUUGCUUAUCGAGUCACCUGAGGACAUAACAGGAAUGUUGUGGAUGUGGUAUGAAAAAUGUAUAGGUGAUCAAAGAUGAGUAAAGAUUAUAGAGAAACAUUUAGGAAUAUUAAGAGAGAUACUAAGAUAUUCACUCCGGGCAACCAAUUUAUCAAGAUCAUAUUGGAGCUUGUGGCAAUCGUAGAUGGAAUUUAUUCUGAGAAAGAUUUUGAGAGUUGUGCGUAUUACUGAUAUCAUCGACCGUUAAUGAGAUGUGACUAGGAAGAUUAAACUGGGAAAUUGAAGAGUCUGUUGGUGGAACUGAAGGAGAACUCAUUGGCGCAAAUCCCAGGGGUUCUAAGGGUGCUAAGCACCCCCAAAAUACAAAUUAGCACCUCCAAUUAGUUUCCAUUGUAUUCCGUUAUACCUAUUAUAAUUAAUAAUUUAUUGGUGUAUAAAUCGACCGUAGUGUGAACAUAAUAUUUGUUGUUAUUUUAUUUUAAGAUUCCGUGUACUAUUUAAAUAAUAUAAUAUUACCAUAGAUUAGACAAAAUUAAUUUUUAGAUGUUAUUUAAUGUUAUAAUAUCUCAUAUCUGUGAUAUUACCCCAUUAUAGACGUGAUGUCGUUAGGUUUAUGCACAAACUUCUAUACUAACUGUAUAGUAACUAAUAUAGAUUAUAGAAGUAUGUUGGUUUAUGGAAUAUUAAAAUGAUAAAGAUAAUGAUUACAGUUGAUUAUUGUCUAAAAAUAUAACGAACUAUGGUAUUAUUGAUGCAUCUGUAAUAAUUUAAUCUUUAAGAUAAUGAACAAAAGUAACAAAACCAAUGUUAAAAAUUUAUUUUCGUAUUUUAAAACUCUACCGAAACAAACGUCAACAAUAUAACAACGAUGAAAAUGUGGAUGAACCUGACGAAGUAAGUUUUUUUUUUUACUUUCUUUUACAGCUUUCAAAAGUAUGCUUUUCAAAUCGGUGUUUUGGUUAAAUUUUAAAUUGUGUUGUUAAAGGUUAUUGUUUCACAUAUCAAUGCUUAACUGGUUCGUCAAAAAACAAUUUAUCAAGAUCAAGUUUAUGAAGAUGUCACUGUUGAUGAUUUGGAGAAAAUAGAUGAGGGUCUUAGACAACCUAAAUUAGAAGUAAGAUUUGUGAAUUGUAAUUACUAACUAUAGUUAGAAAAAAUAUAAAUUGUGAGUAAACUGAAAUUAUUCGGAGGUGUUAUUAUAGCAUACCCUACAACACCCGUGCGUACUUCUAUGUUAAUAAUACUUUGUUAUUAUUAUAUGAGUAUUAACUACUUAAGAUUAUUAUUUUUUAAAUUUUUUUUGUUUUAUACUUUUACAAUAUAUUACAGUUAAUACUAUUUCAAUAUUUUAUUAUAUUUUAUUAUAUUUUUCAGUACUUUCCAUUAACAUAAUUUGACAAACAAAACUGUUCAUUGUCAUCAAAAAUGUACUCAAAAUAUUAUUGGAUUGAAUAUAUAGUAUUAAAAAAGAUGCUGUUUCCUGUUUUAAUUGCAGACAUUUUGUUACAAACUAUAAUGAUGAUAAAUUUGAUAAUAUUAAUGGCAUUAAAAACUGGAGCAAGGUAGUAUAGUUUUUAUAAGUCCAAUUAUAUAUAUUAUUAUAUUUAUUAUAUACCUGAUGCUUUUAAUAUUAAAUUAAUGAUAAAUAAUGAUAAAUUGAAUAAACAUCAGAAGUUUAUGGUAUAUUUGACCAGUAGUUCAAAGCAUCAUUCUUAUAAAAAAUUCCAGAAAAUAGGUAGUGUGUGUACACAAUUAAAUACAGCUUACAAAGAACUUGUUGAGAAGAACCGAAAGUAUGUCUCUGUAAUUAUUGAUAUUUUAAAAUAUAUCACACAUUAAGGAAUAGUACUCAGAAGCCAUGAUGAAUCUGAAAAAAAAGUCAAAUAACCAGGGUAGGCAUUUUAUACAAAUGUGUAACAUUCGUGUAUAUUGCAUAUUAUGCAUAGCUAAGGUGAUAAGUUGCUUUUAUUUUGAAUACAAUUAAUGAACACUUUAUACAAUUAAAGUAAUUAUCUAUAUUAACUGGUUCUAGUUACAAUUACACUUUUUAUUUACAAGGAACUUUAAAGAGCUUUGUAAGUUGUAUGCAGAAUAUAAUCCGGAGUUUUUAUUUAGUUUUAAUCAAAUAAUAAAUUAUUGUAGUUGGUCGAUUCCAAAUGAAAUUUUAAAUAAACAAGCAUCAGUAGUAGCACUCAAACUUUUGUAAUUAAAUUAAUUUUCAUAUUUCAACAGGUCUUUCAAGCAAGAACGGAUGUCCCUGUGUAUUAGAUAUGGUAAUGAAGAUUUAAAAGUAGUAUAUGAAAGAUUCAUUGAAUUCAUUGAUGUUUUUAGUGAAAGAAGAGCUGAGAACCUUACAAAAGUAAUCAUUAAUUCAAUAAAACAAAAUAAUCUACAUGAAAUUCCUUUGAUUGCCCAAUUAUACGAUAGUGCAGGUGUGAUGUCAGGGUCAUUGUUAGAUGUUCAAACCUGAGUCUGAAAAUUAUACCCUGAAGUGGUGUAUAUACACUGUUUAGCACACAAGUUAAAUCUUGUUGUUUGUGGUACUUGCAAUAAUGUAAAAGUAUUUAAUAUAUAUAUAUUUUUCAAUUAAAAAAUAUGCAGUUUUUUGAAGUGCUAAAUAUUUUAUGUUUUUUCUCAUUUCUAGGAAGCAAGAAAGUUGUUUAAUGCUUUAGAAACUAUAUAUGUCCAUUUUGCUCAGUCAGGUCGUAAUACUUAAUUAAAUGAAUUACUGGUUGAUAUGAAUAUUAAACUAUUAUCUAUAUUAAGAUUCUGUGAAAGGCGUUGGUCUUGUUGUUAUACAAAUUGUGCAGCAGUACUUAAUAACUUUGGUGUAAUCGUUAACAUUUUGGAAAAAGAAAUUGAUGAAAGUGCAACAGAGAUACACCUCAAGCAAUAGGUACAAUUUUAUAAUUGGCUUAUGUUAUUUCAUUUAAUUAUUAUAUUUUAUGUGUCAUAGUUAAUUUUUAUACUCAGAAAUUGUACUAAUAAAAUAUUUGUGAUCACUACUGAGUACUAAAUAGUAGUUAAUAGUUGGUAUAUGUAAAUUAUUUUAUUAACAAUUCACCUUGUAAAAGAAGACAGUUUUUUAAUAAUUUUUCAUCUGAAUGAAUAACUUUUAGAUUUACAAGUUUUUUUUGAGUUACUCUUAUAUUGAAUAUAUUUUUAUUAUUAUUUUUUUUUUUUAGGUCUUUUAAGCAUUUUAAAACAGUUGUCAUUUUUGUUCUACUUGUGUAUAUUUUAUGAUAUUUUACAAACAAUAAAUAUUCUGAGCAUAAAACUACAAAAAAAAAAAAAUACAACUACAAAGCCACCACUACAAUAAAUGGAGUUAUUUAAAUAUUUGAAAACAUGAGACAUUUCUCACAAUAUUUGACUAUUUGGAACAAAGUUGUAGAAUUUUACCAUAUGUGUAUUAACAAUUUCUAUAAAAAUGUAUUUUAAUUAAAUACUGUGUGGGUUACUUGUCUUUUAUCAGGGCCAAAAAGAAAAUUCAGUGAACCACAACAAUUAAAAAAUUUUGCAGUCUUUAGGAGUACUGGUGCAGGAUAUGAAUCUACUCAAAAUAUAAGAAUGGAAGAUGAACAACAGAGUAUCCAGAAUUGGUGCAAUCAUUUAUACUAUUCUAUAAUUGAUUUUAUUAUAGACCAUAUAAAAAAAAGAUUUCUGAAGAAAGUCAAAAACUUGCAUUGGCAGCAGACAGCUUUUUAAACUUAAAUUAUAAGGAAGCAUUACCGUUUAUUAAUCAUUAUGAAGAAUUUUUCUGAUUUACUUAUUUGUAUAAUGAUUGAAAUUGAUAUAUUAUUUAAUAUUAUAAUUAAUUUACAUUUUUCAGAAACUUUUUUUAAUUGAUAAAAAUCUAUUAAGUGCUGAAAUGGUUGUCGCUAAAAAUGCUGUAAAAACAGCUAAACUGAAUUAAUGUUCAGAAGACAUAAAACAAAUCACUGAAAAAGAUGUCUAUACUAAUUUGUAUACAUUAUAUAAAGUACCCUUAGUUUUGCCCAUUUCUUCUGCUUCACGCGAGCGCAGUUUCUCUGUCAUGUGCUUCUGCACAAAAACAUGGACAAGGACUACUAUGGGCCAAAAUAGGUUAACAGAUUUAGCAGUGAUACAUAUUAAAAAUGAUAUCGAAAUAAAUAAUGAAACAGUAUUGAACAUGUUUGCAGGAAAAACAGAUUUUUGCAUCUAUUAAAAUAUAUUUAAAAAACAUAUAUUGUAUAUUACAUAAAUGAUAAACAUGUUAAUUUAUCUUUAAAUAAUUUUUUUUUCGUUUAAAUGACUGAUAUUAAAAUUAAAAUUUGUAUUUAUUAGAUUUAUUAUUUAUUUUUUUAAAUUAACUUAUUAUUUUAAUUUUUAACAUAUAGUACACCAUAUACUACCCUAUUGAGAGUAAUAGGGAGUAUGAGAUUGUCACUCAAGCCACUCACAGGUCUGUGACGAGAAAUAUUUGUUGGGGCUUAAACACCCCCAGGAUUUAUUGAGGAUUUGUGCCAAUGGGAAAACUAGUCGGGAGAGUAUAAACAGAAAAAAAUGAAGCGACGGUUUCAGAAGUAUUUGUGCUGGUGGAAUCUCCAUAGACGACAUUGGGAGGAAUGGAUGGUGAGGAGUGAGAUUUACGGAUAAAAGACCAAAAGGAACGAGGAUAUUUGCUCUAAAUAUCGUUAAUCUCAGAUACGUUCAGCUCUUCACAGCCUAUUUUUGGUUAUCCAUUAAAACAGCUGCCUAACUACAAUUAUUAUUAUUAUUAUUAUUAUUAUUUUAUUAUUCAUGUACAUUAUUAAAUACUCAUUUAAAUAUGUUGAUUUAUAUUUUAUUGUUAGUGUGGUGUAUAGUAUCUAUAUUAUGUACUUUUGGACUUAUGUCAUAAUAUAAUAAUAAUAAUAAUAAUAAUCAUAAUUUAAAUAGAACAAUGCAAAUUGAUUAAUUAUAAGGAGAGCUGCAAAGUUAAUAAGCCUUUCGAGAUUAUUAAUAGAAAAAAAAACAAAAAAAAAAAAAAAAUGAUCAAUUCCUUUGAAAUAUUAUGAAAACUAAUACUUAUCGUGCAACAAAUCAUUAUUAUGUUAUAUAGGUAUUUUCAAUUAUUACCACAUCGAACAUCGAUACCUACGGUAUUGGGCAGUAUUGGGUAUAUUGAAAUACCUUUAUAUUUAUCUAUUUCGAUCACGGCAGUACAAAACGAGCGAAAUUAUUCUCAUUGUGUGACGGUAGUAGGAGUAUAAUAUUAUUAUAUCGCAAUAGCGAAAAUAUUACUCGUCAUGUGACAACGAUCGGAUCGCACAACAAUAAUACCCAAUCACACUCUCAAAAUGUCCAUGGCAAAAAUGUCGGCCACCGGACAUCGCCCGACGCCGCAUGAUAACGUAACUUUAGAACUUCUUCAGUUUUCACCGGGAGCCCGUCAUGAGUGUUUGCCCGCACUAGUUAUGCGUACAUUGUUUUUCGCCGUGCGUCCGUGUCGGUGGAGUUCGUUCUUUUCGUCUUCUGUUUUCCAGCGAACGCGUCGGAACCACUUAAAUUUAAUAAAAUGCCGACCGACGGUGUCGGAACACUCGGAAACUCGGUUACAGCGUCGGUGAGUACUUGUACCUUAAAUCUUAAUUUAUCUAUUUACACCUGCCUACUAUUGUGUCGGCGUAGAACCAGUUGAGGACCGUAUCGACUUAAAACCGGAUUAAUUUUUUUACUCAUAUAUUAACCAAUUACGAUUUGAUUUUUUUUUUUUUUAUUAAUCAAUUUAGGUACCCCAAUAGAAACGUGUAGGUAUUCAAUAAUUGAAUUCAGAAAAAAAUUCGUUUGCAUUUGGUCGAUACGUUCCUUUGAUUUUAGCCCCGACAAUUUCAGACUUCGGUUUUACGGUUGAGGUUUAUCAUCAACGAUUGGCAUAAAUAGGAAGGAUUUUUUUUUUUAAUUUCCACAUCGAAAAUGUAACGGUUAAUACAUGGCGUAUAACAGUAUUGUCUACGAAUGUCUUGCACAAGUAUUUCCUGGUUAUACCCGCCCCCUCCACCAUUUUACCAUUUUCUACGGCGGGAGGUAUUUGUCGGAGUUUUCCCGGGAGGAUUAACGCUUAGACCGCCGGUCGUCGUUUCUGCCAUGAAUAGAAAAUUUGAUCACGUUUUUAACCGACUUAUUCUACCGCUGUUUCUGGGACUUUAUAAAAACUACGAAUUAAGAACGAAACUCUAUGACAACCAAUUGUCUUUUAUUUUUUUAUUAUUUUCUUGGCAUCGACCUGCGCUUUUUUUUUGACAGGAUCUUGUGUAAAAUAAGUAUAUAGUUUUUUUUUUUUUUUUUCAUCGCGGACGAACUACAGUAUAUUUACUGUUACACCUACCUCCUAUAAUGCGAGUGUCUACGUUCGUAUUUUGUGUCUUGUUUACAAUAAGGACUCCGACUAUGCGAUUCCGGACUUUUUGAAGGUUAGUGAUGCUGUCAUUGUAAAUAUUAUAAUACGCGAAUAACAAUAUUUUAAUAGGCCGCAGUCGUGUUUGCUGGUUAGGUUCGUGUCGAUAAUGACGAAUAAAUUCGGAAAUAGUAAUAAUUGAUAUUUCAGUUUUACGUACUCAAAUCGUUGAUGGUUAUUAAUUUAAGUGUUGUUAAAUUCGGUUUUUCGACAUUUUAAUGGCGGUGCUAACGUAAAACUGUGGAAAACAAUAGAAUUUUCAUAUUUUUAGCAAAUUGAAUAGUCACAACCGUCGUGUUCUGUUUGGCAGUAACUUUAAUUUUAUAGGAAUGCGUUAAAUUGCGGUUAAAAAAAAAAAAUCUAAAUUUAAAAAAUAAACCCGGCGCUAUUUAAUUUAAUCUUUCUCGUUUACAUUUCAAACCACAAACGCCCGACAUUCACAAACGUGUAUGACUGUUAUAAUGUACAUUGGCAGGUACAUCGUCUCGUGUAGUUUUCGAUUCGAAAAUAGCUAGGCACGCGCAACUUUUUUUUUUUUUUCUUGAACUGACAACGCAGGGGGAACCGGUUUCCCAUUACUUGCUCUAAAUAGGUACAUAGGCAUCUAAUAGACGCGUUGGGCUAGGUUGGGCUACUGGUUACCGAAGCCAUUCCGUUUUUAAAAACCACGUAACCGGCAUAUUGAUGUCUUUUCGAUAUGUACCGAAAUUACUAUUUACAGUGUGCACAUCGAUCUAUUACGGACAAAAGUCGAAAUCUGACAAAAUCUAGCGGUCAAUCCGAUUCGGGCCGAACCGUGGCCCAUCCAUAAAUUUCAAUUUUUCCCGGUAAAUGUCGUGUUUUAGAUUUAGAGCUGAGCGAGGGAUCCAAUGAUUUGGCACCGUGCACUCUCCGCCCGUGCGUUUACCGCUCAACACUUUUUUCGCGCUAUUUCCGCCCGUUGUCGUGUGAUAUUUUCCCGCUGAAAUUAUGUAAGGUAGACUAUGCGCUCGAAAAUUUAAAAUUAUUAAUUAACGCGCAUUUAAUUUAUUCAAAUAUUGUAUUACGAGUUAUACAAUUGGCUAACUUGUUAUUAUAACUUAUUACAUGUAACUUACGAAUACAUUAUUUACAUGUUUUUGAUCUAAUCUAAUUUGAUUUUCGAUCAAACGAUAGAGUUAGUAAACGUUUUUUUUUUUAAACUUUUGAUUCUUUAAGAAAUGGCAUUUUUAUUUGUCUGAUACGUGAUCCAAAUGUAUACGUAUAAGUUUUUUUUCUUUUGCUUCUACAUACGUACUCCAGCCUCAAGCCUUCUAUCGAUGAUUCCGAUGUAGGUAUUGUAUCAUUUAUCAUUUGUUCAGAAAUCAGAAUUAAAACAAUAAUAAUUCGACAAUUUUAUGCAAUUUAUGUAUAAUUUUAAAUUUUGAACGAAUAGUCCACCUCAUAUAAUUUUGAUAGGUAAAGAUUACCAUAAUGACUGAAAGUGCACGCCAUCAUUGAUUUUACUUUGAUGUGGGUUUUUUUUUCUUUUCUGUAAACAACUUUUUGAAUAGAAAAUUUGGCCCAAUCAAAAAAUGACAAGAGAACUUUUUUUUCAAAUUCCAAUCUAGUUGUUGAGUAAUAAAGUUGUUUUCCAAGUAGAUUUUAUAAUAAUUGACGUGGAAUGAAAAUUGGCAAAUUUACAGCGUUAUGAUUUCAUUAUUUAAAAUUUUUACGGUUCAUGUAUUAUGUCAAGAAAUAUUGCUCUAAUAGAAAAACAAGAAAAGAUUUUUUUUUUGUUGCACUUUUAAUCUAGUUGGUGAGUAAGAAAAUAGUUUUUUGAUUUUUCUAAAUAAUUGAGUAAAAUUGGUGGAAGAACAACAAAUUUACGGCGUACUGCGGCGUUAGCGUUUUCAUUGUUUUUAAUUUUAUGUUUUCCACCAGAAAUUUGCUUUAAUCAAAAACUGACAAGUGAUUUUUUUUUUUUCGUUUAUAUAUAGUUACUGUCAAAGAAAGUGAACUUUUGUUAUCCAAAGUAGUUUUCAUAAUAAUUGAGAAAAACCAAAUAACUAAAAUUAAUUUUUAUUUACGGCAACUUAGCGUCUCGGUUUAAUUAUUUUUUUAAUAAAAUUAAUAAAAUGUUUUAAUUAUAAUAUUAUGUUUUAUUUCGUUGUACAUUUUCACACACUAAGAUUACCGACUUAGUAAUGUGUUGUCUAUGUAUCAGUCAAUAUUUAUUUUGUUAUCCAUAAUAAAAUAAUCAGCAGUCGCAUUUUACAUUUUUACUGUGAUAUAGCUGGUGAUGAAUUUUUAUUUCGAAACCGGUCGUGUAAUACACUUAUCAUAAUACUCCAGAUGACGCAUUCAUUAAUUAAUUAAUUUUAUUUUUAUACAUACAAUUUUAUAUUAUGUAUUUAUUCACUUUAUUUGUUAUCUAUGUUGGAAACGUCUCAUUGCCUUCUCAUAUACUACAGCGACAGUCUAUAGGUUAGGUCGAAAGACUUAUAUAGAUCUGAAGUCUGCAGGUUCAAAUCACAAUUUAUAUUUUUUUGAUCUUUGAUGGUGCAGACUACAGACAUUUCAAAAUUACCUGUGCAUGUUGAUACAUUUUGUUUAUAUUUUAGAUUAAUUUCGGUGCACACCGACUGCCGUCUGCACCCAUUUUUAUCUAUUCGUGGUUAUAAAAGUGAACCUUUUUAUGAUUAUUAGGUAGCCAUUUUCCAGUCGAUUAUCAAAAUAUACAUUGCUUGAAGUUUGUGGCAGUUUAUCGUCAAUCGUAUCUCUAACAUUUUAAUUAAAGUCAGCACAGUGCUUUUCGAACAAUAAACAGAACUAAUCAAAACAAACUAGAUAUUAUCACCGACAAUUAUAUACCAUAAUAAAGCUACAACCCGUAAUACGAUGAUAGUAACUUCUACAAUAUUCCUUAUAUAAUUACAAAAAAAAAAUAAUAAUAAUAUCACAAAACGCCAACAAAAUAAUUUAGAUUUUAAUAUUAUUAAUUAAUAUUUAAGUAUAUCACCAGCUUUUAUGAAAAAACAACAUAUAAUUUAUCCAGGCUCUUAAUCGGCCUUGUUAUUUGAACGGUUUUUAUUGGAGUGCCGAUGUAUAUUAUAUAUAACUAGACGAAAAUAAACACUACAGUACAAACCGUGGAAACCAAAAUAAUGUGUUAGUGAUUAUUUGUUUAAUAACGCAUUAUAGUGUGGAAUGAAACAAAAUUAAAAAUAUGGGGUUUUAAAAAUACUAUUUAUAUACUUAUAUACCUGCAAAAUUAUCAUUUUUUUUUCAAAAAAAAACCUCGACUAUCGAGACAUGAACGAAAUACUUGGUGUAAUAUUCGAUUGAUAUUUUUCUUUAACAUCUUAGUUUGUCGGAUUUUAUAAUUUAAUAUAUAAUGAUUGAUGGUUAAUGGUCGGAGAGAGCAUCGUAUAAUAAUAUAAAUUAUUGUACGCACGACGUAUAAUCAAUAAAAAAUAUUUUUUUUUUUUACUUUAAAAAUUACGAUCUAUACAAAAUGUACAAUAAGCAAUAUUAAUAAUUUACAGACAAAUGACAUUAAGGAAAACAUGAAAAGGAAAUCGCACAUUUGUGAUACCUCGUAAUAUUUUUAAGUUAUUAGUUCUUAAGUUUUUAGGUCUCGGCACCAUUUCUUUUGAGGUGUCUGUUAGGGUUUCUAGGAAGUGUUAGUGAAGCUAACUCGUUGAUUAGUUGGUUUGUAAUAUCUUGUAGUUUGGCGUGGAAGCGUUUAUAGUAGAUUACAGCAGUUUCGUUUAUGGAAGAAUGUAUACUUAUAGACAAAGUUUAAAAGUUACUUUUGUUGAUAACAUUAAACUUAAUCACUUUGUUAAAAUUCUGAAUAACUUGAUACCGACUGUACUUAUCGUUUUGGAUACUUUGCAGAAAUAUCCUUUUCAAUCUUCCCAGUUAGGUUUAGGUUUUCCGUAGAUAUUAUUUUUCAAAUGCGAUAAUAAUGUGCAUUGAUAAUAUGAUCUGGCGUAUUUUAUAAGUUUUGUUUUGUAUUAUUUAAUAAGUAGGCUACGGAUUUAUGUGCACUUGAAAUCCGCAAAAAAUUGCUGAAAAGCCAUAAGAAGGUUACUUAAAAGUAUUUAAAAAUGCAAAAGUGAUAGAGGGGUUUAAAAGUCCCUCCUCUAAUGGUUCUAACUCUAUCAAAUAAAAUUUGUCAACAAUAAAAAGAGCUGAUACUGGAGACGGGUGUGCUACUGUUGCUAGGUGGAAAGUCGGAAAGGCAGGUUACAUAAAGUUAUUUAAUUUAUAUCUGUAAACAACGAUAAACCAUUAACAAAAAACGAUUCGGAACGAAGUUUGGUUAUACAUGUUUCGAAAAGCUGUAAUAUUUACGAUUUUAAAUUCUAAAUCAUUAUUUUGUGAAAUGGAUGCAUUCGUUUUUCAUUUACGAAACGGACAAUUAUUACAUGUAUAAAGUAAUAGAUAAAGUGAAGGAAAAAUUGUAUUUACCGCUUUAGUUAUUGUUACUGUGAUAUUUUUAACGAAAUGUUAUAAAUUCGAAUUCGUUUUAUCAAAAAUAAAGCCUUUAAUUAUGCACCUUUUGUCGAUGACUCCUCAGUAAUUUUAGAAAAUAACUCAACACUUAAUUUAAAGAUAGAAGUAUUGAUUUAUUAACGAGAUUCUAACUUACAAGCCCGUAAAUCGAACAUUCAAGAGGUAUAACCCUGGGCAUAACCGGGCGUUUAAUGCGUGAUUCACAAUCCGAAAGCGGUAACACCUGGGCCUUGGUAGUUUAUUAUUCUUUGUAAGAUCGACUUUGUAGUCAAUCUCAAAAAUGAUGAUCGAUCUUAUAACUAAGCUACUUCUUAAAAUCUACUUUUAUGAAUACAUAAUUAACUAUUGCGUAUAGCAUUUAUCAAAAGAUUAAAAUAAGUAGUUUUGAGAAAUCUGAUAACGCAGGUGUCCUCGAAGAAAAGAUCAAGAUAAUUUAGAUAAAGCAAAAGUAGUAAUUCAGAUUACUACACUACCAUUUGCAAGUAACUACUAACUCCGUCUAUCCAUCUUUGUCUUGGCCAUCCUAGUGGUUUCUUUUAUUAGGGAUACAUUUCGCAGCCUCUUAAAUUGUCUGUUCUUGUGCUCUUCAUAUAUGUCUAGCCCAGCUACUAUGUUUACUAUGGUUUUCAUUGCUAAAAAUCAUAUAUCCCUUCACUGAAUAUUUUCCCAGGUAUUAAAUUGUUUUGUUAUUCUCAUAGGUCAGUUGAAAAAUCUUUUGUGGGUUAAAUAUCUUUCAUAAGACCUUUCUCUUAAAUCUAGUUAUCUCUUGAUCAUUUGCUUUGAUUAGCUGUAUUAAUUCUUAUUGGAUUUCUUUAUGAUAAUCUCCAUAAGUUUUACCCUAUGAUAUUUGAAUGUGUUUACUCUUCAAAAAGAAUUGUGUGCAUUAUUAAGUUUUGUUCAUUAGUUUUGUCAAUAGAUUUUGCGUGAUAAUACCAUAUAUUUUGUUUUUUUCUUAAUUUAGCAUUAGUUCUAUGGGUCUAUUUCUCUCUAAAAGUAAUUUUGCUAAAGUCUAAUCCUAUUCUCUGUCUUGCCAAUUAACACUAUACCGUCUGCGUGUAUUAUUAUUAAAUCUCUGAUUACAUUAAUUUGAUAGUUUCUCUAAUCACUGAUUUCAAUGUAAUAAUGUUGAAGAAGCAUUGGAUGACAGCGCGUGCUUCCUAGUCUUAAUUCUGUUUUAAAAUUGAAAUUUUUCGACGUAUAACAAUUGUGUAUAUAUGAACUCCUACAGUAUUAUAGAAAUAAUUCUGUCAAUUUUCUCUUCUUUUUUUUUCGUAUUUCUUUUUUCUAUCGUGUUUUGUGCGAGGACAACACAUAUUUAGAAAAAAAUUAAAUUUUUAUUUUCGUCCCUUUAUUAUUGAACUUAUUAUUUUAUCACUUUUUCAAAAUUCUCAAAAUUGUCAUUUUUUGAAAGGUAUAUAAUUCUAAAAAUUUUAAUGUAAUAUACAUUCACAUCCAAUUAAUAGUUUCUUAGUAAUAGUCGUUUUAAUUUUUAGAAAAUUGGCGUGAAAACAAUGAAUUUUCAAUAGAAUAACACGUUAUGCGAUAAGGAAUCACGUUCAGCAAUGUAAUUCCUUAUUUUCUAUUGAAUAAUAAUUUUUUCACGCCUAUUUUCUAUACAUUAAAGCCAGUUAUUAUAGCUAUAAACUAAGAAACUAUUAAUGCAGUGGCGGCGAUAGGAAUUUUAUCUUGGGGGCUCCAUUGGGGGUCUUUUAAAAUUUAGUAGGGCCAAAAAAAGUCCCAAUCCGUGGUCUUUUUUCCGCUUUUCUUUAUUGCGCUUGCAAUAAGGGGGGAGACUAACACACUAACUAUUGUAAAAAUUGUAUAGUAUAUAUUAAGUUUCCACAUUACAAGUUAUUAGUUAUAACUAAAGCACGGAUGUUAAUGACUAAAAUUUCUUUAAAAUAUGCAAUUAUAUGCUUAAAAAUGUAUUAAAUAUACCUAUUUUUCAACAAAUAUAUGCAAACGAGUUUAUACUAUUUUAAUUGUGCAUGCAUUAAAUAUUUCAAUUUUUUUAAAAAUUACAAAGUUUUACAAAAAGUUGAGUUAUGUAUUAAUUUAAAAUAUAAAUUAAUCAAAAUAAAAAAAUAAAAUAACUAAACAAAUUUAAAUUUUACAUUGUUUAAAUACUUUGUUUGGUUAAUAGUUACCGUACAAAUGUUUAAUAUUAUAUUUAAAAUAAUUGUUUAAAAUAUGCUACUUAAUCUAGAAAUAAUCAUUAUAUGCAUUCAUAUGCUCAAAAAUGUCAAAUUUGCAAAUAUAUGCAAAAUAAGUUUGCAUAUUUGAAAUCAGAAACCCGUAAUAGAGACCUGAUCAAAGAACCAUUUAAAAAAGUCCCUGGCUGGGAUAGCACAAGGGCUAUAUGGACAACGCUUAAUCAAAUAAGAUCGGAACAAGGAAGAUGCAACUACCUACUUCACAAAUGGGGAAUGGUAGACUCUCCACUUUGCGAAUGUGGAGAAAUGCAGACAAUUAAACAUAUGGUUGAGUCGUGUCCCAUUAAAAUGUUCAAAGAAGGAUUAACAAAACUACACGAGGGUGGCCCAACAGCUAUAAAAUGGCUUGAAGAACUAAAUACUCGUCUGUGA